UUCUAAGCUGUAGGUUCACGUGCGCGUGGUCAUUGAUUCAUCACUAUAUAAAACCGAGUACCUGGAUCGUACCUUCAAGUUCGCGUGCAGGUACUGAGAACUGUCAGUUUAAUCGGGGCCAGUACGGAAAUUACUGCUCUUCCUCAGGUCCUGUUCGCCAUGUAAAUUUAUAUCUCGUACCUCUUAAAAGACCGCCAGACGUCUUCUACGUGAAGUUGCCAAUGCCCUCCAAGAUGCGGUCGUUCUCUGUGCUGCUUCUCACCGUCUUUAUCCCACUAGGAGUCAUUGGCCAGACGAAUAUUACUGCUACCUGUACCUUGUCUGACUUUCACUGGACUUUCAAUUCGGUCUCGCAGAGUCCUUGUGAUGUGGCAUCCUCUCUGCUAGGUAUAUGCAACGGCGGAUCGUAUACCCUCCAAUCUUUACCCGAUCAGACUCACUAUCUAGGCCCAAGCGUCGACGCGGCCAAUCCCUGUCAAUGUAGCACCGUGUCUUAUUCCCUCAUCAGCGCGUGUGCGGCCUGCCAAAAUCGAACAUUUGUUCAAUGGAGCCAAUGGCGUGUCAACUGUGCUUCUGUAGCUAUUGGAGGUUUCCCCGAGCCAAUACCGAAUGGCACUCGCGUGCCUGCCUGGGCAUACCUCGACGUAAAAACUGAGGACAACUUUGACAUCAACCAAGCGAAACAGGACGCGAACGCCACGGAAUCAACCUUUGUACCACAACCUACCUCAACGACUGCACCUACGACGACUCCGACACCAUCACCGACUCCCACUCAGGAAGGUAGUUCUAACCACGGUGACGUCGUAGGUGGGAGUAUUGCAGGCGGCGUCUUCGGUCUUAUGGCGAUCAUUGGCUUGGUCGGUAUCUGGACGUACCGAAGACGUGAACGUCGUCUAGGCAGUCAUGACGAAGAAGUGGCGUCCGAAUCCAAGGACAAGGACAACAAGAGCAAGGACGACGUAGAGGAAGUGUCAAGACUUCCUACUCUUCAGAAAUCUCCACCUGGGCUUUGAGAUAAGGCGGCAUUUUUUUUGUAUUAAUUAAUGGUCAGACUAGGCGAUCUCUUAUACCCUAGUAAGGGGAGUCGUCGUGCACUUGUAUACUAUAAUAUUGGUUAGAAGGCAAGCAGACUUUCCAUCGUACACACUGAAUAAAUGCAUCGAUCGUAAGCUGUCUACAUGAGAACAUACACGAACAGAGUUUAUAUGUCCAUAUUACUGCAUACACGUACAUUGCAGACCUAAUUGUCCAGAUAUUAAGUCCUUCUAAGUUACCGGAGUGUAGCAC